AUGUGUCGUCGUUGUAAUAAGCAAGCUCAAGAUAAUAAUAACCUAGCCUUUUUAACACCAUCACCUUUAUCUGAUAUUACGCGACAAACCAACAAUGUAAAUUGUAGACUUGAACCUUUAGAACCCGUAACCCCAACUCCAGGUCUACCACCAAAAAAAAGGAUAAAGUGUGAUAAUUUACAGGGUAAUUCUCAAUUAGACCUUUCAGCGAAUAAAUUAGAUAAUAAUCAAGUUACAACAACACCUUCGCGUCCAAUUAAAUACUUUAACCCAUAUUAUGGAUUAACAUUACAGAAUGCAUUAUUUCAAAGGGAAAUUUGGGGAACUACUGUGAUGGGUGGUUCAACCAUGGCUUCAAAAAGAUGGAAUGUUUCAACGCGUUUCUUUAUAAAAGAUUUCAAAAACACGGAUAAUGAUGUGUUUAGAUUUCUUGGUGAUCGAAAUUUCGUUGCACCAUUCGUUUGUUCUUUCAGUCAUGUGGCGCGUGACGGAAAACUUUUAGCCGCAGCAGACGAGGAAGGGAUGGUGGGAUUUAUUGAUGCUAGAUACGAUAACACAGUGGAACUUCAACGGGUUCGUACUGAAUUUCGUGCACACGAUAAUGCUGUCUUUGAUGUUAUGUGGAGUCAUGAUGAUUGUUCAAUGGUUACCGCCUCUGGUGAUCAAACAGCGAAAUUGUGGGAUGUGGAAUCACAGCAAUGCAAGGCAACGUUUGGAGGACAUACUUGCAGUAUCAAAUCAGUUAAUUUUAAUCCUUUAAAUCCAAAUUUGUGGGUGACUUCUUCAAGAGAUGGAAAUAUAUUUAUCUGGGAUACCCGCUCAAAUGGAUUACGUUCUGAGGGUGAAAUCUUCUUUAAACCAGUUAUCAGCAUUCGAAAUGCACAUUUACAUGAUACCUUAAAGAAGAAGUCAAGAAAGAAUUAUCAACUUCCUCCAAUUAGAAGCAAACCGACCAGCAGUGUAACCGGAGUACAGUUUUUGAUGCAUCAGGAUUUAUUAUUGGCAUCAUCUGGAGCAAGUGAUAGUAUUAUCAAGUAUUGGGACUUACGAAAUCAGGACGCGUCAAAUAGUCCGAUACCAACUCAAAUAUCUAUUAAUGGUUCCGUUGCCAAACGUCCUCAUGGAAUUUCAGAUUUAAUUUUAGAUAAAAGUGGUACUCGCUUAUACGCCAAUAGUACAGAUAAUUAUAUUUAUAUGUAUGAUGCUACAAAUCUAGGAGCUUCUAUUGGUUGUUUUACUAGUCCAAAUUACAGAUGUUCGUCAUUUUAUGUUCGAUUGGCUUGUUCACCUGAUGGUCGUUAUAUCGCAAGUGGAUCAAGUGAUAAAUCCAUUUAUAUUUGGGAGGUCGAUUUCCCAAGUGGCGACCCCGUUAUUUUGAGAGCUCAUGAAAAUGAAGUUACAAGUUUAAAUUGGUCGAAAGAUAUUGAAACCUUCGCUUCCUGUUCUGAUGAUACGACUCUUCGUAUUUGGCGAAUUAAUGGUUCUGAGUAG